AAACUUAUAUUUUGUUUACAACCUCACGGAUCAACAAAAACCCAUCCUUUUUUGCCUUAUCGAGAUUGCACGAUGUCCGGGCUCGAAUCGUACGUCAACAAUACGGUAUCUAUAAUUACCGCCGAUGGACGCAACUUUGUCGGAACGCUGAAGGGUUUCGAUCAGACCGUAAAUGUAAUUCUGGACGAAUCACACGAGCGCGUUUAUUCGAUGACUGCCGGAAUAGAGCAAGUCGUACUGGGGUUACACAUAAUCCGCGGCGACAAUAUUGCCAUUAUCGGUCAGCUGGACGAAAGCGUCGACAGCAAGCUAGAUUUUACCGCCAUACGCGGCAUGCCAUUGGAACCGGUGGUGCACUAAACAUCUGGCUCAGCAGGCAUGCGUCCCAUCUAUGGUAAUGCAGCGCGUUUCAACCGAAUCGAUUGAUUGUUAGGCUAUGUAUAACGCUAGGAAUGCAAAAUGUAAUAUUAAGGAGAAAAAGA